GGAACUGCCCGCCGGGCUGUGGCCUCCCCAAUCCCGCUGCCUCAACCAUCCUUUCUCUCUCUCUCGCUCUCUCCAUCGAUCGCCUGGCCUCGCACUCCGAUCUUAUCAAACAUGCCCUUCCCGAUUCUCGACGAAGACUCAUUCCAGCAGCUCUACGGCGGCCAUCUCAAACUCAAGUUUGCUCAGAUCGUCUUUCGCCAUGGAGAGCGGACGCCUGUAUCCAUGGAAAUGACCGAGAGGCUCUCCCCUGGACUGUGGCGUGCUUGCCAGCGAAAACCAAACGUAGCGGCACUCGGAGUGCAUCAAGAGUCUAAUCCAGCCGUCACUAUGCACCCCAUCGACAUCGACACCAUCGCCUUCCAGCCGCCAUUCGACUCCACGGGAGCACCCACGACUGCAGACAUGAGUGCCUACACCGAAAUCCGGAACUCUGUCGGCCGGGAUGACAGUCCGCCCGGGCAGCUUACUGACAAGGGCAAGGCGAGCGCAUACCGUCUCGGCAGCAACCUGCGGCUUCUGUACAUUGAGCGCCUUGGCUUGGUGUCCUCAACCCUCAAGAAAGGGUACGAGCAGGAGCUCUACCUUCGGAGCAGCGACAUGCUAAGGACAAUCGAGUCGGCCCAGUACCUGCUCAGCGGCAUGUAUCCCCAGCACUAUCGGGCCACUGGCUCCAGCCAAGCAAGUGUCCAACUUCACGUCCAAGGGGUUGAAAACAUGUAUCCCCGUCUCAGGGACUCCAGGAUCCAGACGCUGAUGGCCAAGCUCAUCCGGGAAGCAACUGAGGCCAACAUGGCCGAGAUAAGCCAAGCUCUGGCCUGCUUCUCCGAGCUGGGUGUCGAUGCCCUCAGCCCCCGCUUCGGGAAGACCUACGGGCUCUACGACUACCUCUACUGCAUGCGCGGCGACGGUAUGGAUCUGCCAGCCGGGGUCACGGAACAAGACCUCGAGGAUCUCGAGAAGGCACUGAUCAAGAUGUGGGCCAGUCCAGUGUUCACAAACCACGAAAUGGUCAGCAUCACUUCGGGCAGCUACUUCCAGCAACUCAAGGCCCAGAUUGCUGCCCGAAUCAGUGGCAAAAACGAGCUUGGUCUUGCCCUCUACUCGGCUCAUGACACGACCAUUCUUUCUUUGUUGAACUCCUUGGGCCUGGAGCAGCCGUCGCUGCCCCCGUUUGCCUCGGUGGUUGUCAUCGAGCUGCUCGAAAACACACACAAGUCUCUGCUGAGCGCAGAGUACUAUAUCCGGGUUUCCUACAACGGCCAUCACCUCUCCUUCCCGGCUUCGCGGCUCUCGCUCUCCGUCCUGCACAGGGACGCGAGACUCUGCACCGUGGAGGACUUUUUCUCCAAGCUGGACUCGUUCGAUCCGUCCGGAACUCAGCACGGUCACGCAGCGCUCUUUUCCAGAAUGUUUCCCAACGUGUGAAUCUGGAGCUCAAUGAACCACACCCUGAAGUCUGCAAUUCUUGCGGCCAUAGGUCCGCCGCCAAAAUUUAGUCCAGAGCCGCUCCCAGGCGUUCGAAACGAACCGAAGCAUCCCGUUUGCAUUGAUUGAUACUGUUAUAAAUGGCAAUAGACACAACCGUACACCCCAUGGAAGCAAGGCAAGAGAGAUGCACCCACCCGGUCUGCUG